AUGAAAGCCACUCUCCUGCGUGUCGCCGCCGUGUGCGCGCCGGUCGUGUUGGCUGUUCCGCAUGGAGACAACCACCGUCACCAACGCGCUGCUCGCCGUGUCGAGACGGACUACGCGACCGUUACUGACGUUGUUACCGUUACCGCCGACAAUGCUGUCGUCUGGGUCGACCAGUUCAACAAUGUCCUCUCGACCGAGUACCACAGCCACCCGACGCCCACCACCCUUCCCUCAAGCUCCGAAUCCAUCUCUCUUGCUGUCACCCCUACACUCGCUGCAGAUAUCGCCUUCACUGCCGAAGCCGAGGUUUCUACGGAGUCGCCUGAAACUUCUGCUGCUCCUACAACUUCCGUCCCUCAAAGUGUAUUCUCGGUCUACUUCGCACCAUCAGAGACCGCCAACUCCCCAGUUCCUUUGACUACUGACGAUCCUGACACCACUACCGCCGCUCCUAGCUCUGCCGAGCCCAGCGCCGCACCAGACUCCGACGAUAGAAUUGCAAACAAGGGCAUGCACGGUGGCAAUGGCGGAGCAAGUCAUAACAGCAAUGCAGCCGGUGGUGGCUAUGGUAUCGACUUCGAGCUCAUUGGUUCCAACGGCUGUAAGCCUCAGGCCGAGCUGAACGGUGAAUUCGGCUUCCUCUCUACCCAAGGAUUUUCGAAGAUACGCUUCUACGAUAUCGGCUGUGACCUUAGUGUGGCCACUGCCGCAGCUGCCGCCGCGGGCUUCUCGGUGACUCUCGGUCUUAAUGGCAUCGGCAACGUCAAUGGUGAUUUGGCAAUUCUCAUCGGCAUGAUCAAAGGGAAUUGGGGCCCUAUCGACACCGUGGUCAUUGGCAACGAACUCACCAACCAAGGCGCAAAUCCCGGUCAAAUUGCUGCUGCGGUCAACAAUGGCCGCGCUAUACUGCAGGCUGCCGGAUAUACCAAGAACGUGGUCGCGGUUGACACUUUCAUGGCGCACAUGGCCCAUCCCGAGAUCUGCCAGGCGUCCGACUACUGUGCUGUCAAUGCCCACGCUUUCUUCGAUGCCAACACCGUGGCUGCCAACGCCGGCACCUUCGUUAAGAGCGUCAUCUCCAAUAUUCAGACCAACGGCAAAGCCAUCAUCGUCACGGAAUCUGGCUGGCCGUACCGGGGAGAUGUUAAUGGUCAAGCGAUCCCAUCUCUUGAGAAUCAGCAGGUUGCCAUUGCCAGUCUGAGGGCUGCUUUCGCCGGAAAUCCUGGAGGCUUGUUCCUCUUCCAGGCAUACGAUGCGAGUUACAAGGGUGAAGGGGCUUCCAAUGUCGAGCGAUUCUUUGGCAUCUACGGCCAUUGA